AUGCACGCUGUUCUUAGUCGAAGUCAACGAGCUACUAGUACGAGUAUACGAACGUUUGCAAUAGCAAGCAGCAAUGCAUUGCACUUGGUAGCACACCUCGUGAAGUCCAAUGACAAGAUGACACAUGUUUGUAGACAACCACUGCGUCAAUUCAAGGAAAACAAAGGCGUACGAGAGGUGUGUGUUGUUGGGGUAGCAGUCGCGGCUUUAACGGCUCUUGCAACGAAGGACGCACGGUGUGAACCGAUUGAACAAGAAGACAAACAAGAUGGGGACAGCACUUGCAACUUGUGGGAUGGCAAUACCAAGAGUGACAAUAUGCCAAUCUAUUUUGACACUGAGUAUGAAGCAAAGAAGUUACUUGGUUGUGGUGCUUUUGGACUCGUCAUGCAGUGUGUGCACAAGCAAACUGGACGUAUAGCGGCAGUAAAGAUGGUUCAGGAUCUUGAAGGGAGCCAGGAAGAGGUCAAGCGCGAGAAACAAGCGUUAGAGUGUUUUAAGCGCGCUGGUGGUCACACGAGUAUCGUGGGCUACGAAGGGUCGUACUAUCACAAUGACUUCCACUAUAUUGUGCUGGAAUAUGUGCCGGGUAUGUCCCUUCAUUCAUAUAUGGACAAGCACCACUUGCUUGAUACUACCUUGUCACUCCAACUCGUGUCGCAACUCGCGAGUGCAUUGCAAUUCAUGCACAAAGCAGGUAUUGUUCACUGUGAUUUGAAACCUGAAAAUGUUAUGGUUCUUGUGACUCGUGACAAUAAACGUCACAGUGAUCCGCACAAGGAAAAGAUCACGCUUAAACUGAUUGACUUUGGCUCAGUGUCACGAAACCCGCAAUUAGCAUUGAAGGAUAAAUCUUGUACCGUGAGCUUAUCUGGAACUCGAUGUUACUGGUCUCCAGAAGCUCUAGAGUAUCAGACUAUGACACCUGCUAUGGAUAUGUGGGCACUUGGAUGUAUCUUAUAUAUCCUCAUUUCAGGUCAUCAUCCAUUUGAUCUGACGGGUUCUUCAAGUGAGGAUACAAUCUUACAACGUGUAAAGAAGUCUCCAAACGCUUUAUCUUUUAUCAGUCCAGUAUGGAAUCACGUUUCCAUCGAGACGAAAGAACUGAUCGGUGGAUUAUUGGAGAAAGACCCAAAUUGUCGACUUUCAGCUGAUCAAGUACUUCAACAUUCGGCAAUUAUUGCAGCGACCCAAGAUGACUUGAUUGUCAAGGAAUUACGUUAA